CACGCCGGAGCCGUUCUGAAAGAGCCUAAGAUAAAGCAGGAUGAAGCAGACCUGACAGGCACCGCCAUCGUGCUCAUGACAUACCGAGCCAUAGCAACCGAUGCCUACUUGGUCCAGGCUUUCAGCGACCCGCUCGAUGCUGCUUUCGGCCUAGGUCUGCGACUGCGAGAGCUCGCUGAUCGAUGGGAGGAUGUGAGUGAGGAGGUGCUUAGAAUAGUGGGUCGCGUGGAGCGAUUCGCGGCAGGUUUUGUGGGACAGGCGAAUUAUUCGAGCGAGGUUCGAACUAUCUUGAAAUUUACUGAAAAUGAGAGCAAGCAUCCCGUUGCUAAGAUACGAGCUGCGAUGAAAGCCAAUCAGAAACCAUUCGUCAUUCAUCCUUUCACGCAGAGCAUCCUGAGUGAUAGCUAUUACGAGGAGCUGCAGGGAAAGAGCGCCGCCAUGUCCUUCAUUUUCACGUUACUUGCAAUAUUCUGCUAUCCAUUGCUUUCUCUUUGCUAUCUCAUCUACCCGGCUAAGCCGUUACACAGAUUCUUAAAGAUACCGAACAUCAAGCUGUACAUGAACGUGGGUUCAGAUAUAACACUGAUGUCAUGCGUGAUAGCUCUGGUGGUUUACGACUACUCAACACAUCCCAUCAUUACAUUGAUUCUAGAGAUCACUAUCUUCAUCUUCUGCAUAGGAAUAUCUGGCAAACACAUCAAAUUCAUCUACAACCAAGGUCCAGAGAAAUUCUGCUCUUACCCUCUUUCAAUUCUUGAUAGUGUUAUGGUGAAGAUCUGCUACACAACGCUCUUUGUGGUCUGGAUAGGCAGACUAAUCAUUAUCUUUCAGACUACUUAUGACCAGCGAAUAAUGACAAGGCAUGUAAACCCAUUUCAAGAGGUUCAACCCGACAUGGCAACACCCGCAGUUAUCACUACAAACACGACCGACUCCGACGCAAAUUCCAACGUCGCGCCCAAUGACGUCACACCAACAUGGUUGUUCGCGUCAUGGAACGAACCGCGGGUCGUAUCUCAUACUCUCUACAGCAUUGUCGUGCUUAUCUGCGUGGUGCGGACUUUCUAUCUCCUCAGCGUCAACAAUGUCGCAAUCUUCGUCGUCGCGAAGUCGGUGAUCGGCAUGGGUAGCGAUGUCCUCCGCCUGGUGGUAUUUUUCGUUUGCAUCGUCAUAGCUUUUGGUGUGGGGAUCACCCAUGCGUCCAGCUAUCGUCUGCAUACUUUACGCGCCGAAUGUGCGGCAGAGGGACGUCUGCCAAACGAGUGUCCCGCACCCCCAUUCCAAGACAUACAGACUACAUUAGUGAACCUCUACUGGGUUCUUUUCGGCUUACUCAAGAAAUCCGAGUCGGGCCUUAAUUUGCGACCAGACGAUUCUUACAAUCUCUAUCUUCCCGCCUUCAUCUUAAUGAUCUACUCGUUCGUCGCAGUCUUAGUCCUACUCAACCUCCUCAUCGCAGUCAUGACGUCACGAUAUUCUUCAGUAGAGCUAAAUGCUGAUCGAGAAUGGAAGUUUUUUCGCACACAACUGUGGAUGAGUUUUAUCUCUGAUGAAAUCCUGUUACCACCGCCAUUCAACAUACUGCCAUCUAUCGACAAACUCCGGAAGAUUCUACAAGCCUGUUGCUCUCGCAGCCAACAGAAACAAAAGACACAGACUCGGAAGAAAACGGCCUUACAGUCGGCAUGGAAUGAGUACAAGCAAUCUCAGAACAUGACCAGAGCACUCAAAGAUCGUUUUGUGAAGAACCGAGAGAGCGGACUCCAGCAGAAUUCGGAAGUAGGAGGAAAACGAGCUCUUCAAAUCUUGGCAAGAACCGAUCUUCUAGCCUUCCGAAACGAGUGGGUGGACCUCAGGCAACAGGUAUCCGUAGCAGAACGCGACCUCCAAAUGAUGCUAAAACAGAUAACGGAACUGAUUGAAUCUCUGAAUAUUAAAAUCGGGCUCGUCACCCGCGUCGAAGAGAAACAUGUUUCCACUUCCAUCGACAUCGAUGACGUCUACGAGUCCUUUCCCGUCAUCGAAAAAUUACUCGAACACGUCGAAGUCCUCAUGGAAACCUUGCGCACUCUCCCACCUGAGAUGGCCCUGAAACCAGUUAAGGAAAGACCGGUCUUCGAGGUGAAGAAGGAGAAGGAGGAGAAAACGGAGGAGGAAAUCAAAUUCGAAAUCAAGGAGGAAGAAAAGACAGAGGAGGAAAUCAAAUUCACAUUCAAAAAGGAGAUCGUGAAGGCGAUGGCGAAGAUGUACGAGCUCGGAAGACGACCAGAGGAGGACGAAGACUUCAUGACGAAACUUAAUGAAUAUCGACAAAGAUUCGAAGAUGCUUCCUUCGCCGUGCAUUGAAACUCUUACAUGACAUCUGAAUAUUAUCAUGUUUUAUCACCUAGAAAAUCCCACCUCAUAGUUGUUUUAAACAUUCUGAAAUGACAUGUUGAUAAGGCGUUUAGUCUUCUCGAACGCAAAGUGUUGCUUUGCUUUAAUGCCUUCAUCAUUUCAUCAUUUGUUUAUACAUAUAAGGUACAACAACUUAUAACCAUACUUAUAUCAAAACGUGUAAAGCAGUUAUAGUAUACCCGAGAAGAAAUUAAAAACAUAUGAUAUUUGUAUGCAAUUUAACACCCCCUUCUCCUCCCCAGUAGAAGUCCAGUACAAAAGUUAAUACGAUUUGCAAGUCAAAAGUCGGGGAUGCAAAAUACCC